AUGAAAAAGAUCCGGCGAUGGCUGCUACUGUUUGCGGUCAUAAUAGCGCUGAUGGUCCGAGUGGACGGUUUGAAGGCAACGUCGUUGAUCUUCGGACGCGGUCCGGCCACCUCGUCGACGACCACGACCACCAGCACAACGACCGCCGCCACAUCGACGACAGAGGAAUCCGCCGAAGCAGACGAUGAGGCCGUUGAUCAAGGCGAUGAUGCAGCCACAAAGGCUCCGCUCACCGGCAUACCGCAGGUCGAUUAUGUCUGGGAUCCAAAUUUACCUCGAGAACUGCGCGGAUACAAUUUGUCCAAUUAUCCCUUCCUGGAUUCGGUACCGUCGGAAGAGGACAUUGGUUUCACGUGCGAUCCAAAGCUGCACGAUGGAUUUUACGCAUCGAUCAAGUACAACUGUCAGCUGUACCAUCACUGUAUACACGGCAUACGGUACGACUUCCUGUGCGCCAACUACACGGCCUUCGACCAGAAGACCUUCAUCUGCCAUUUUGCGUCGGAGGUGGACUGCAAGAACUCGCCCAAAUACUGGUUCCGCAAUGAGCCAUUGUAUAAGGCGACCACGACAACAACGGUAAAACCACCGCCGACAACUUCAACCACAGCCGCCCCGACGACGGUUCCUACGCGGCCGAAACCACUGCGCAAACCGGUCCGCAGAAGGCGUCCGCAGGUGGACUACUACUACUACGACGAGGACUACGAGGAGGAUUACUACGAGGAGCGUAACCGGCGUCGCAAGAACCGUCCACGCAACCGACGUCCGCUGUACGAUGAUUACGAGGACGAUGAGCGGUUCGAACGGGUGCGCUACCGGGAACGGGAACGUGAUCGCGACGAGGAAGAAGAUGAAUACGAGGAUCGUCGACCGUACCGGAUGAAGACACGCACCCGCACCGGAGCCGAACGACGGCCGGUGCUGGAGGAUGAUCGCCGGUACUACGACGAUCGGCGCCGUGAUCGUGAUCGACGCCCGGUGGCAGAUGAUCGUAGACGCCCGGUACCAUUGGAUGAGAUGGAAGAAAAACGUCCAGCGAUGAUGAGCGAACGAAGGCGCGUACCAAGACCAACGGCCGAUCGGCGCCCAGCGGGUGAUGAUCGUCGUUCGUUUCCGGCGGACGCCGAAAGUCGACGGGGCUCGGUAGCGGAUGAGCGAAAGGUACCAGCGAAGCGUCCUUUGUACGAUGAUCGACGCUAUCAGGACGAGGAAGAGGACGAUUAUGACGCACCAGCUCCAUCGUCUUACGGUGGUGGUCGCCGUGCCUCGGACAAAGGUCGACAGCAGAACGAUGUGGUGACGGUGAAACCAUCCGGCUCGAGCAUUUACGAUCGUCCACGGGCUGCACCGCGCAUCAACCGUCCCGUGCCGCUGAACGAGAAGAGCAAAUACGCGUACGGUAACUCGGAUGUGCCGAAUGGAAAGACCUCGAAGAGUUCCACCACCGCUGUUCCAGCUGGCGGAGCGGAACCGGAGUACUAUGACGAGUACGAGGAGUUACCUGCUCGGCGGGACGAUAAGCGCAAGGAGGCGGAUGGUGGGAAGCCACCACGACCGAGUGCGUCUUCAGACGUAGUGUACUACGACGAUGUGAUUGUGGCGAAGGAAGACCUGCCACUCCGGUCGGUGCCGGGGAAUGUGCGCAAACCGGAGCAAACGGAGCGUAUCAAUAGCAGAGACAAUUCGGAACUCGCAAAAGGUUCUCGUGGAAAUAUGAAACAUCAGCAACAGCAGCAGCCACAGCAACAGAUUGUGUCCAAACCGAGCCGAAACGUGUUGCCGGAGACGGUCGAUCAGGAGGAGGAAGACGCCGAAUACGACCUGCCAGUAUCACGUCCUGCCGUCAUUGCCCGACCGCAGGCGAAUCUGUACGGAAACUUCAAGUCGAAGAAACACCAACAACCACAGAGGGAGCAACCGUCGACCGAGAGCGCAAGCACUACGCGUGGUCCGCUACGUUCUACUAAGCGACCAUUUCUACCGAGUCGUGGCGGCAAUCCUUACCUAGCGCGCGGCCUUCAACCGGUGGGUGUCGGAAAGCAGCCGCUCGUCGUGAAGUCACCUGAACCGGAGAAACCGGCACCGUUUCGGAUCGAUAUCGAUGGCACCACUACACCGCAAGCCGCUCCAGGGAAGCGCAAUCAACAACAAGCUCCCCCCUCACCCGUUCCACCGCAGCAGGAAGUUGUGAAUGUGAAGACACUCGAUCAGCUGUACGACGACGAGUACGAUGUGACGUUGAACGAUGCGCUCAACCCGACGCUGAAGCCGCUGACGCGUAGCGCCCCGCAGAACUUCUUCCGCAACCGGUACGUGCACCAGCCGGACACGGAGUUUGUACCGUUCGAGCCGGCCUACGCACCAUCGGAGUUCCGCCGGGCAGCUGUUAGACCACCGACGCCAUUGCUGUACCAUUCGCCGGUUGCCAUCGAGGCCGGUACGUCCUCUUCCUCGCAACGGCGGGGCGCACACGUGUUCGGUACGUACGAGUACUGA